AUGGCUGCUAUAAUCGGAGAUUUCGUUUCGGAUCACACCCGCCUACAUAAUAUGAUUGCAGCUUCUAGUUUAGCUCACGAGCACUCGCGAUCCCGCGAAUCUUCAUAUCGUUCAGAUUCCAGGAUCCGACCUCGAGAAACGCCGUCCCAGAAGGUUUACUCACCCACCGUAUCAACCCAGUCUUACCGGCCUUCGGCACCAAGUGCCACACCUUCCAAACGAUCCUGGGAAUCUACGGAGGCAGGGACAGAACAAAAGUACAUCUCACCUACCGGCGGAGCCUCGAGGUUCCCCACGCCACCUGAUUCUUCCUCGCCGAACCCCGCUUCUGCACGCGUAAGAGCACAGAAUGCAAACCCGUCGUCGGAAUAUAUGGCAUCGGAGACCCAAACCACUGUACCCGCAGUAUCUAAUAGCUCCACGCCUACACCUACCCAACAGCAGCCAUCACCGGAUUCCGACUCGUGCAAGUCUCCGACACCCCGCGUUCAUGCCGAUAGUCCCUCAACCCCGCCGCAGGGACAAACUGUCUAUGUGCGCGAUCUCGCGCAUAUCCAAAGCCUUGCUCGCGCCGAUUUGAUGAACGGAGGUAAUGGACCGGGCAUAUUAAACGACCCCCCGCUACAGGCGAUGAAGUAUGAGAUUAGCCAAAUGCCGAUAGGUGACAUCAUCGAGAUGGUUGCGGCUCUCUUAACAAAGAUCACUACCACCAACGAUCUUCAGCACGAUGCUCUACACAGAAAUGCCACCCACCAGCAGACUGCUGCCAGCCACAACAGCGAAGGUACCUCGAUGAGCCCCUUGAGCAGUUCAGUCCUAGCUUUCCAUGGCAAAAAUGUUCCGGCAAUUACAAUUUUGAGUUACUUGAGCAGGAUUCAUAAGUACUGCCCGACUACGUACGAGGUGUUCCUUAGUCUUUUAGUCUACUUUGAUCGAAUGACAGAGCGAGUAAAUACCAUGGUGAUGGAAGCAGAAGCAGCGAGGAGGCAGUCACAAGCCCAACAGCUUCUACGAUCUCUGGCCUCGGCGGCGUCGACACAAUCCGGCAACAACGCUGACAGAGAGAUGCGGGAUAAUGAUAGUGAUCGCGACGAUACUGAAUCUGACCUCGUUGACGACGAUCCCGACGAAAAGGGGAGGGAGAAAAGGAGUCGCGAAAAGCGAGCAAGAGCCCCGCAGCCACCACCUAUUUCUCCCGCUACUUAUUUUGUUGUCGAUAGCUUUAACAUACACCGUUUAAUUAUUGCUGGUGUUACUUGUGCGAGCAAGUUUUUCUCGGAUGUUUUUUACACCAAUUCGAGAUAUGCCAAGGUCGGUGGCCUUCCAUUAGCUGAACUCAACCACCUUGAGUUGCAAUUCCUCCUACUUAACGACUUCCGCCUUGCUGUACCUGUUGAAGAUCUGGAAGCUUACGCCACGAUGCUUGUCGAAUUCUAUGCUCGGGAAGUGGUUGCGCAGCGGUCACGGCCGGCGAGCGGGGUUGAGUGA